UUUGUCGUGACGUUGCCGUCUCGCGAGAUGAGAGUUAUGGUGUCUGGUUUAGCUGUCCGGCAGGAGUGGAGUUGAAUCUGUUUGGCGUUGCGGGAUGUUUAAACAGCGGUCCGGGACUGCGGCCUGUGUUAAGAAAAUCUGGACUGCCCCGCGAAAAUCGGGACUGUUGGGCGGUAGGAUGUUGAUCCCUGCUGUGUUCAGAGAUAGGAUAAGAUGAAUGAUGGGCAGUCCUCCCAGUGGAGUGAAGAGUCAGCGGAGCUCACGGGCGACAUCUUCCAGCGCUUCUGUAAUCUUUGGGUCUGAAGAGGGCGGACUGAGUGACGAGAGCUGAGGGGGCUGAGGGCUAAGGAAGCAGAAUCAAGCGAGGAGGGGGUAGAAGUAUGGGCAGCACGGAGGAGUCACUGCUUGCUUCAGAUCAAAUGGAAGUGUCUUUCGAUGGGACAGAGGUCACUGUAUUCUCGGAGGAGAUGGAAGGAAGCUAUCUGUCUGCCAAACCACCUUUAAAGAAAAAGAAAUGCAAAAACUGUGCUGAACAAUGUGACACAGCUAAAAAACCCAGGUCUGCAUAUCUUUUGUACUACUAUGAUAUCUACCUAAAGGUCCAGCAGGAGAUUCCCCACCUUCCUCAGUCUGAGAUUAACAAAAAGAUAAGUGAAAGUUGGAAACUCCUGAGUGUGGCUGAGAAGAGUCAUUACCUAGAACGUGCAAAGCUGGAAAAAGAAGGUUUGGAUUCGAAUAUUAAAUCCAGCCCUUCUUCACUGAUUUCUGAUGUUCCUGGCUUCCGGAGAAUUCUUCCUCGGACAGAUUACAUUCUUAUCCCCAAGAGGUCCACUGAUGAUGACAAAAACAUCGAGCUGUGUGUGACACAGCCUCAGGCCUCUACAAUUAUGUCUCCUCUCUCACAAAAUGGACUGCAUAACUCCAUCCCUGUAGAUUCUGGGAAAAUCUGUCUUUCAGAACAGUGUAUUAACAUUGGAUGUCUAGUGAAAGAGGGAACAAGUUUCGGAACAGUGGAUGUUGUACAGGAAGUGAAUCCUUGUGCUGUUUUUACCAACUAUUCAACUCCAGUGGCAGAUAAAAUGAGUCUUGAUGAUGUUACACUAGAGAUAGGGAAUAGCAGUCCUUACCAGACGACAGACGUGGUCAUUGAAGAGAAUGGAGGAAUAUCUCAGAUGAGGCAAGAAGUACCAGCAGGAUUAUCAUUAAUGACAGUCAUGGCAAUACAGGAUACUGAAGAAAACUGCCUGACAGCCCCAGCCACACAGUUUAUUAUGGUACCCGUACCCAGUCAUUCUACCUUGGAAAAGCCAAAGUCUGUUAAACUUUCUACAACCUACACCAGAAGAGGACGUGGGUGCUGUACCAAUCCUGGCUGCUCCUUUACAUACGUCACACGGCACAAGCCCCUGAAGUGUCCUAUGUGUAACCGUGUCCUUGGAGGAAAGUGGGUUCCAAAGACACCGCAAGUAAAAGAAACAUUCAUCUGCACCCCAUCCUUGCCAGCCAAGGUUUCAGACUGUAUGGAGGCUAAAGAGCUCUGUUAUGGGACAAAAAAUGGAUCAGAGUCAACGAAAGAGAAUACAGAGGCUGUCCAUCAGCUCCUUCAUUCCUCACCUCCAACACAGGUAGAGGAAUGGGAGGAAGUCAUAGUUUCAGAUGUUCACAUUCUGCCUGAUAAUGCACGGGGUAGCACAGAGGUUGUAGAAGCUCCCAAGCGGCCAGGCUCCAUGCUGGAAGAGAAAAGGGAAACUGUAGGCCACAUGACUGAAGCACAGCCUGUAGCUGAGAAUACGAAAGUUACAUGUCAAGUGCCUGGUUCCAAGGCAAGCUUGCUGUCUUCCCCUUCACCCCAAAAUUUAAAGGAAACAAAGUGUGCCCCUAAAUCCCGACUAGCCCCACUGAUUUCCAGGCCUAUAAGAGCCAUAUUGCCUGCUCCUGCUAAAACUGUCCAAACUCUGAGUGGAGAAUGUGCUGCUGGCACACUGACCAUCUUGACCACAGAGAUUCCAGCCUCCAUCAAAGCUGCUGGUUUGAAACCUAGUACACUGAAGCAACUUGGCCAGUCUGUUGUGCCUCAAGCCAUUUCGCAAGAAAUAACGGCUAGGAGUGACUCUCAGACACCCCAUCCUCAACAGCUGAAAGUGAUGGCUGAACCCAUGACGACUUACAAAUACAGUUGCCCUGUGCCUUUAGACUUGGGGCUAGCUACACUAAGAGGCAAGGGGAAAUGCAAGAACAUCUUCUGCAACUACAUGUAUACCAACAGACACAAGCCCAAAACCUGCCCUAAAUGUGGGUCUAACCUAAAAGACAACUUUGAGAGGCUCCCCAAACUAAAUGAAUCUCCCCUCCAUGCUCCCAGCAUCCUCAAUGUAAGUAUGCCACUAAGCCAAGCUCAGAAAGAGACACAGCGGCAGUCAACUAUCCAGCUGCUACGCAAGACUGUACAGUUCCCAGAGAACGAGUGUGAGCUUUCUGAAGCAUUUGCCAUCAUCCAUGAACUGAAUAGCUCCUGCUUGAUUCUCUCCAAUGUCAUUGAUGGCACCGUGACCAUUGAGCAGACCUCCUGGGCCAGGUUCUAUGAAUCUUCUGCAGACCAGUGCCUGCUGUGUGGAUCUCCCUUAUUUAAGGGUGAAAAAAACUCCCAAGCCGGACCCCAGGAUUGCUGGCUUCUUACAGUCUCUAAGCUACAGAUGGUAACAACUCAGGCCAAAUUAUGUCUAAAUCUUGAGUGUCUGGCCAUUCACAGCUUUAACGACAUUUUUACUGGCCUCUUUAAUGUGGGAAAUAAACUCCUUGUUAGUCUGGACAUUCUUUUUUCCAUCCGGAACCAAAUUAAGCAUGGAGAAGAUCCCAAAGAAUUCAUCACAAACCUCCUUACAUCCAUUAAGGAACAGGCAGCUAUUCCCGAGAAGAUGCUGACUCCAGAGGUACUUUCUUCUGUGCACGAUCUGCUCAGUUGUGGCUACUGGGCCUUUGAGUGUCUCACAGUCCGGGACUUUAAUGAUAUGAUAUGUGGAAUAUGUGGGGUGGCACCCAAGGUCGAGCUAGCACAAAGAAAUGCAGGGAAUACCCUCACCCUGUCAAACAUUGAGUUGACAUGGCCGGAAUUCAUGACUUCUAACAAAGUAAACAUGGAUGAUUUCUGGUCUUCCUUGGAGAAUGAAGUUUUAGAACAGGCCGCCUUUCCCUCCAGUAUCCCUAUCAGCAAAUUUGAUGCUUCCAUUGUUGCUCCUUUUUUUCCUCCGCUCAUGCGUGGCCCUGUGGUUUUCAACAGUGAGAGCUACAAGAACCCCGAGGUGCAAAAAGUUCCAGGGAAUGGAAGUUCUCUGAUGAGGCUACUUCAGGAACGGUCCCUGAAACUGGAUCAGCUCAACCAGCACAGCACAGCAGAGCUCCAGAAAAUGCUGACACUUUGUGGAAUCCCGUGGAAUACAAGUGACACAAAGAUUCUGUCUUCGGGAGUUUACGACCACCAUCUUCUUUUCUUCUGAAGCAGACCGUCGUUUUGAGCGCAUGGAGUAAUAUUCCGGUCCUGAACAACUGCGCAUGCAGAGAAAUUUUCGUGGAAUUUUUCAUGACUUUCAUCGCAUGUGCAGUUGUUCAGGACAGUUUCAUCUCAAUCAGCAGACCGGCAAGGGCUAGCAGCCGCCAAUGAGAGGAACUACGGGCGUCUACGGCUCGUAAUCGAACUGGAGGACACUUGUAAUCCUCUACCCGACUGGAUGGACCAACUCCACCACAGACUUGAACUAGCAGAAGCCAAAGCAGAUGAUUUGGAAAAUCAACUGCGUAGAAACAAUAUCAGAUUUGUGGCCCGGUGCCACAAAAUUUCUUGAAACAUGGCUAAAGGGAGAAUUUGGAGCCAACCGUUUCUCUCUGACCCUUAUCAUUGAGCAUGUGCACCGGAUACCCACCAGGCCACCCCCACCGGGGGCCCCACCUAGGCCAAUAAUAGCCUGCCUCCUAAAUUUUAGAGACAGGGAUGUGGCCCUGGCAGCAGCUCGUCGGAAGGGAGCGCUGAAAUAUGGGAAUACGAUUAUUUCACUAUAUCUGGACUUCUCUAACGAACUGCGGAAACAACACCAGCAAUUAACAGCAGUUAAACUACACUUCAGAGUCGUGGAAUUACAAUACGCCAUGCUUUUUCUGGGUCUAUGUGUAUGGCAAGACCCACUUCUUCAAUUCCCCAACUGAAUCCACCCAAUGGCUGGACCGUCGCCCCUGAGCAAAAAGACAAAUUGGUCCCAAGGUAAACACAAUUGUACGGCUGGGAGCAUACACCACUUAUUCUGAACAGCUCAGCUAGCCUGCGCAUCCCCAUCGGUAGAGUAUAACACUUGUCUACCAGUACCACAAGCACAGUUUGUCCGUAAAUUCACUCCAACCAGCUACAACAGAAAACCACCCUGUAUAGCGGGUUCAUGGAGCAACCUAAGGGUUGUUAUCUAUAUUAUCCUUGUGAAUUUUUUGCCUGUAACUAAAACUUGUUAUCUGGUUAAAUAUUGUAUAAGUCUGUUAUUUGGUUAUGGGUGCCUCACAGUUUAGGAUCACCCGUCUAGGAUAUAAGAUGUUAAGGGUGCAAAACUUCUCCAACACUGGGGGAAGUAGGGAGGGGAAUUCUGAAAAAGACUUCCAUCCUUUACCCCUUUUCCCAACUGUCAAUUCCUUUCUUCUUCUUAACCUCCGUACUCUUGCUCUAAGGGGGAGCAUAGACACAGUACUGAUGUUGUUAAAAGAUGGCCGAAAUUACAGCCGUAUCUUGGAAUGUUAGAGGGCUAAAGUCCUCAAUGAAAAAGUCUCUGAUAUUCAAUUUUCUUCAGAAAUAUAACCCCUUCAUUAUUUGUCUCCAGGAGACGCAUAUAUGUAAGUCCUCUAACCUCAACCCACUCAAGAAAUUCUGGAUAGCACAUGCCUACCACGCUCUCUAUUCAAACUACUCUAGAGGGGCCUCAAUACUAAUUAUUAAGUCACUCCCCUAUAAACUGAUAAAUCUCCAAAAUGACCCAGAAGGCAGAUACUCCCAAUUGUGGGAUUCCCGUAUAUCAUCGCAAAUAUAUACCUCCCCUUCACUGAUGAGCUCCUAUAUGAGUUGCUUCCACGUAUUGCUGCCUUGCCUCCUGAGCCACUAUUAAUACUGGGUGAUUUCAAUGCAGUAAUGGACGGAGAGAAAGAUCGCCUCAUGUUAGUCUACUGGAACCAGGUCUCCCCAUUGUAGCUGAGAGCAUGGGCAGAUACAUCAUGGUUUGUAGAUGUUUGGAGGGCCUGUAACCCCACAAAGCACAUGCUCUCUUGCUAUUCAAGGGGAGCUAUGUCAAGGAUUGAUCUCUCCUUUGCCUCGACCGAAAUGUGUGCCAAAAUUUACAAAGCAGAAUUCCUCCCAAGAGGAAUCUCAGGUCACGCCCCUCUACUAAUAUCUUGGCAAGAUGCACAGGCACAGUGGAAAUGUUCUCAAAAAAAGUAAUUGUUUCAUAAAUAUGCACUGUAUGAAAAAGGGGAUAAGAAUGGCAAAUUGCUGGCAUUCUUAGCUAGGGACGCGUUCAGUAGACCGGCCAUUCAUGCACUUGAGCAGGAAGACAAAGAGUUAAUUACUAACUCACUUGACAUAAACCAAAGUCUUGCGGAAUGCUAUCAAUCAUAUUCACAUCUAUAAGCUGGAAAAAAGCCCUUCCGAGAUUAAAAACUACCUGAAGCAGUUAGAUCUUCCCAACCUGCCUCUAGAACAUAGAACCCUAUUUGAUACCCCAAUCCAUGAACAUGAGGUCUUGGAUGCCAUAGCCUCCUUACCCUCCCCGGAUGGAAUCCCCAACCUAACCACAUAUGCUCCAUUAUUGGCACCCCACCUGACAAGCAUUUUCAAUCACACCCUAGACACACCACAUCUGCCCGCCUCGUUUAAAGAAAUCUCCAUAGUUUUACUGUUAAAGUCAGGAAAAAGCCCCCUUUCACACACAUCAUACAGACCCAUUUCGCUUAUCAAUUUGGACUAUAAAAUACUAGCCAUGGUCCUAGCAGGACGCCUAAACCAUAUAACCUCAAUAGUAGCCCCAGACCAAGUUGGAUUUAUGCCCCACAAAGCCGCCAAACUCAACAUUAGGUGACUACACAAACCUAACAAUUAUUCAUGACAACGCAGGUACUAGAGUCAUUGCCUCUAUAGAUAACGAGAAGGCUUUCGAUUCUGUAGAGUGCGCAUAUUUAUGGGAAACCCUAAAAAUAUUGGGGUUUAGAGAGAACUUCCUAACUUGCAUACAAGCCUUGUAUAACAAACCUAUGGCCAGAAUCAUGUCCAACAAUGAUAUAUCUCCCCCCAUAACCCCAUCCAGAGGCACUCGCCAAGGGUGUCCCCUGGCCUAUUCGCUUUAGACAUGGAACCCCUGGCAUGUUUAAUCAGAGCCCAUGAUGAGGUGAAAACAUGUCUUUAUUUGCAGAGGACACCCUAUUAUAUCUACAUGAUCCAGGCCCUUCACUCCAACAAGCUCUCCAGUUAACAACCACACGUUAUACUCGGGCUUUAGGAUUAACUGGACCAAAUCUUCCCUAUUGCCCCUCGAUCCCAGGGCCCCCGAAAUCAUAGACCCCACUCUACCAGUAGUACAAGCUAACACAAUAAAAUACCUAGGCAUACACAUCCACCCACAAGUAGGGAAAUACAGAGAGCUAAAUCUUGACCCCCUAAUUGCACAAUUUCAAAAGACAGUAAAUAUAUUGCUCAAACGUCCACUGUCAUUAAUAGGCAGAAUAAAUUUAUUUAAAAUGAAGCUCCUCCCUAAGUUUCUCUACUUAUUUAGACAAUCACCCACCUGGAUUCCCCCUAGCUUCUUCCAACAACUCAGAUGCCAGCUCACCAAACUUUACUGGUCCCCUGGACCAGUGAGGAUCAAACACAAAGCACUAAUUCCUCCACUCACUGAAGGGGGGCUGGCAUCACCAGAUAUGCAGGGCUAUUUUUUAGCCUCUCAGCUGACACCGCUCAGAUGGUGGUUACAACCCCACCCAGAGGACCCGGUAACCCUGCUCGAAGCCCAAAUUGUUGGCUCCUUAGAGGGGUCGAGGAAACUCAUUUAUAGAAAGGCACACACUAAUGCCAAUUAUACCCCAAUGAUGGCGAAUGUAGUCAAGGCAUGGAAACAGAGUAGCUCCAGAUUAGGGAAAACUAUUCAGGGUAUAUCCCCACACACUGGUAUAAUGCAAAUCUUAUGCAGCUUCUUACAAUGCCAGUACUUUACUCACAUUUCAACAACUAAAGGACAAAUUCAAUAUCCCAAAUAGGAAGCUGUUUCGCUGCCUACAGCUAAGACAUGCCCUUACUCAGCAAUUUCACCAAGGAAACCCAUAAAUUCUAACAUCCACCCUAUAAGACCUAAUCUAAUCUAACCGAAAAGAGCAACUGAAAAAAACACUUUAUCAACAAUUUAUAAACACAUCCAAGAAGGCAAACAUGCUUCCAACUGAGAACUGUACUACAAAUGGACAAGCAAUAUACCAGACCAUACACCGGAGCAAUGGGAAACAAUUCUGACAGACUCUCUAUGUCCCCUAAUCAGGUCAUGGACAGGCUUAUACAAUUUAAGUACUUGCACCGGGCAUACUAUACGCCUUAUCGCCUGCAUAAAAUUAACCCGCCAUUCCCUGACAUAUGCAAAAGAUGUAAAAGUUCCAAGGCUGACUUCUAUCAUGUGGUAUGGACAGAAAUAGCUACAUAUAUCUCUGAACUAACGGCUCUGCCUAUUGAAUUCCACCCUACAGUGUUACUCCUCAACUACCUAGCAGACACAAUGAUAUCAAGAUCGGGAAAAAACUUUGCUUAUCUUUCUACUCUUACAGGCAAAGAAAGCUAUCGCCAUUAAAUGGAAAGAGCAGCAUCCUCCUACACUAAACUUUUGGAUAGGUUUAGUUGAACAAACACUCCCAAUUCUGGAACUAAUAUAUACAGCAAGAAGCUGUCCCUCUAAAUUCACUAAUACAUGGACACUUUGGAUACUACGAAACGAAUCCUACACAAAAAGAAAACAAAACUUACCUGACCACCCAAUAGAUUAGCUGGAACCCAUGGACUAAACCAAGUCAGAUCAAGAACUGUAAGUGACACUUAGGGUCCAAGGUUGUGAACAUUGAUAACAGGAGAUGCUUACAACCCUGUUUGUGAGCUUAAAGGUACCCAAUGAGUGAUAGAUGGAUAUGGUUAGAUCAAAAGGUCCUACCUAACCAACAUCAUCCCUAUCUCUCUAUACUACUCCAUGUUAUACCUCGCUCUGCUGGUUAUAAAUAAAUGUUAAAAAAAAGCAUAAGAACUAAAAGACAAUAUCCCAUAACAUUUCCUGUUCUGUUCACUUUCCAAUUCAAGAUAUUCAGCAGUAAAAUAAACUGUUGAAUGGAUAAUACAAAGUUUUUCAAAAUACACUUAAAGGGAUUCUUCACCUUUAAAUUAACUUUUAAUAUAAUGUAGCAAGGGAUAUUCUGAGACACUUAGCAAUUGGUUUUCGUUUUUAUUACUGUAUUGUAGUUUUUGACUUAUUAAGCUUUUUAUUCAGCAGCUCUCCAGUUUGCAAUUUCUACAGCACUAUUUUGAAAUUUCUGCAGUCCUAGGGUCGAAAUUACUCUAGCAGCCAUGCAUUGAAUUGAAUAAGAGAUGUGGAAUAUGAAUAGAAGAGAGCCUGAAUAGAAA